ACCCUAGUUAAAGUUGACCUGGAAACGGAAGUAAAUAGUCACUGCAACUUCUGGGAGGACGUUUUCAGGAGGUCUUUCUACGUAGGAAAACUGAGCUCCCUCUUCAAAGGCCAGAGGAAUUAUCAGUUUCUUUGAGAAGCCGAGAUUACCACUGAGGAUUCUGGGUGUUUUCUUGGGGUUGUAAUUGGGGACCUGCGCGGGGACUUCUGGGACUUGUAGUCCAGGCAGGGUGAGUGCAUACUAGGGCUGCCGCUUCAAAGAGUCUUCUUGAUCAGAGUACCAGGAGAGAAAUUAAUUUCUUUGAAGAUUAGAUCUCAGCACUCAGUAUUGGCAUCAACUCUUCAAAUAAGAAUGUCUGCAAAAGUAAGGGAAGCUUCAAUGCUGGUUUCACAAAUACCAGAUGAACAAGAUAGAAUUCUAAUAGUGAAGAUGGAAGAAGAGGAAAUCCAUACCUGUGAGCAGGAACCCAGCCUCCACUGGAAUAACUGCUAUAGCCCAGAAACAUUUCGGCAACGUUUCAGGCAAUUUGGCUACCAGGAUUCACCUGGACCACGAGAGGCCCUGAGUCAACUCCGGGAAUUUUGCCAUCUGUGGUUGAGGCCUGAAAUGCACACAAAAGAGCAGAUCUUGGAGUUGUUGGUGUUAGAGCAGUUCCUGGCAAUUCUGCCCAAGGAACUCCAGACCUUAGUACAAAAGCAUCAUCCAGAGAAUGGAGAGGAGGCAGUAACUGUGCUGGAAGAUUUGGAAAGGGAGAUUGAUGGACCAGGAGAACAGGUCUCAUUCCAUCGACAAAGUCAGGAAGAGAUGGUACUUCAAGGAGCAGAUCAGGAGUCACUAAGUCUCCAAGUUCAGCCCAUGGUUAACCAACUCAAGUGGGCAUCUUGGGAACUCCACACCCUAAGAAGAAGUGGUGAUGAUACCAGAGUGGAAAAUGUAGAACUGGCUCCAAAGCAGAUUUCUUCUGAUAUCGAGUCACAUGGUAGUAUUUCUGGUACCCUCAAUAUGAAUGUUCCCCAGAUUUUAAAAUUUAGAGAAUCCUGUGAAAGUGAUGGCAAAUUCAAAAGAAGACAGGGAACUCCCUCUCGUAAAAAACAGUAUAAAUGUGAUGAAUGUGGUAAAAAUUUCAGUCAAAGCUCAGCCCUUAUUCUUCAUCAGAGAAUUCACAGUGGAGAAAAACCCUAUGAAUGUGAUGAGUGUGCAAAAGCUUUUAGCAGAAGCUCAAUUCUUAUUCAACAUCGAAGAAUCCACACUGGGGAAAAACCUUAUAUAUGUCACGAAUGUGGGAAAGCAUUCAGUCAAAGUUCCAAUCUUUUUAGACAUAAGAGAAGACAUAAUAAAGAAAAAAUCCUAACAGUUGGCUUUGUGAGUACUGAGAAGAGGGUAGAUGCCAGAAAUAUUGUGGAGGUGGAAAAAGAUUUGACAGCUGACUGCAAACGUGGUCCCCGAAAAGGCGAAUUCUCUCCUUCCUGGACUGGAGGUGAGAACGAGGAUCCUGUAGCUCCGAGUCAGACAACCAAAAGUGUGAGGUCGGGAGACCCUGGAGCCGAAUUCAGAAUGUCUGCAGUUUUAAGUGAGGAUUCAGUAUUGAUUUCUCCCAGUCUAACUGAAAAAGAGAGUAUUUUAAGAGUGAAGAUAGAGGAGGACCACACCUAUGGACAGGGAUCUAGUGUCCACUGGAACAGGCGCCAUGGGCCAGAGAUCUUUCGCCAACAGUUCAGGCAGUUUGGUUACCAGGAUUCACCAGGACCCCGUGAAGCCCUGAGCCAGCUCCGUCAGCUUUGCCGUCUCUGGCUUAGACCAGAGAGACAUACAAAGGAGCAGAUCCUAGAGCUAUUGGUCUUGGAGCAGUUCCUGACCAUCUUGCCCAAAGAGCUCCAGACCUGGGUUCGAGAGCAUCAUCCAGAAAAUGGAGAAGAGGCAGUGACCAUUCUGGAAGAUCUGGAAAGAGAGCUUGAUGAACCAGGACAUCAGGUCUCAUUCAGUGGUCAAGCACAAGAAGACUUUAUAGAAGAGAUGGAAUCUCAGGAAACAACUGAGGAGUCAUCAAAUAUACGUCCCCUACCCAUGGAGAAUGAGCUUAAAUGGGAAGCCUGGGAGUUCCACCCCCUAAGACACAGUGAUGGUGAUCCUCAGACUGAGAAUGGGAAAUCCUCUUCAAAUCAGGAGAUUUAUUCAGGCAUAGAACCACAGGAUGAUAUUUCUGGCACCCUUAAUAUAGAUGUUGCUCAGAUUUUCAAAUAUGGAGAAAUCUAUCAGCGUGAGGUUAGAUUUGAAAGAAAGCAGGGAAACCCCUCUCGUAAAAAACAGCAUAAAUGUGAUGAAUGUGGUAAACUCUUCAGUCAGAGUUCAGCCCUUAUUCUACAUCAGAGAAUCCACAGUGGGGAGAAACCCUAUGAAUGUGAUGAAUGUGGAAAAGCCUUCAGCCGGAGUUCAAUCCUGAUUCAACAUCAGAGAAUUCACACUGGAGAAAAACCAUAUAAAUGUCAUGAAUGUGGGAAAGCUUUCAGUCAGAAUUCUGGGCUUAUUAAUCAUCAAAGAAUCCAUACUGGGGAAAAACCAUAUGAAUGUAGUGAAUGUGGGAAAGCUUAUAGUCAAAGCUCAAAUCUUUUUAGGCAUCAGCGAAGACAUAGUGGAGAAAAAAUCUUAUCAAUGUGUAAAAAUAUUCUUUGAGAGCUUGGCCUUUUUCAUCAGAAAAGACAGUGUAAUGGGGGGAGGUGGGAAUCAAUUAAGUUUUAGUAAACUAAAUAGUUUUCUUCUUAAACAUCAGAGAAGCCCCUUUGGAAAAUGAAGGAAAUCUUUAAUCACUAUUUCUACUUUAUGUUGUCACACCUUUCUAUAGACUUUCAGAAUCUUAACCUUAUUUUUGAUAUUUAUUCCUAAAAUUCCUGUUUGUAAACAUUUCUCCUCUGCUAGCCCUAUUUCGAAGCUUCCAUGUUAGAUAUUAAGAUUGUUUCUGUAUUGAGAAUAUGAGUCCCUUCAAAGACAGAUUUUAUGUCUUAUUAAAAAUGUAAUAUCAAAACUGUAAAGACCAAAUUCCCCCAAACACCAUUUUAGACUCUUAAAUUAUGUCCUCUUUUAUCAAAAUCUUGUUUGCAAAUCAAACUCUAGGAAUUUGAUAAGUAGCUCAAAAGAAAAAGAUAGAUCUUAAAAUCUAGAACAAAAGAAAGUUAGUAUGCCCUUAAUAAGGGCCUGCUAUGUGCCAGGCACUGUGUUAUAGGAAUAGAAAAAGAGGCAAAAAAUAAUACCUGCCCUUAAGGAUCUCAUGGUCUAAUGAAGGAAAUAAUGAGUAAACAAAUAUUUAUAAAUAAGUUAUAUACAAGAUAAAUUAAAUGAUGGGAGGUACUGUUAUUAGGAGGGAUUGACAAAGGCUUCCUGGAGAAGACAUUUUGGGGGGCUUAAAGUAAGGAAGCAGACAAAGAUGAGAGAUAGUGCAUGGAAAGCAAGGCUAGUGUCACAGGACUGAAGAGUAUGGCAGAGAAUAAGGUGUGAGAAGAAUGGAAAUGGGAGGGACACAAGAGUGUGAGGUCCCUUGCAAUGCCAAACACAGGAUUUUUGAUCCUAGUAGUAAUAAGGAGCCACUGGAAUUUAUUUGGUAGAGGGUUGACAUGGGUCACAGGCAAACACUGAAAAGCAGACAUGGCACUUAAAUCGGGGAAGGGAUAAACUUAUUGAAUAAUGAUUGAUAGGUGGUAAAUAAGUCUACAUAUAGAUUACCUAACAAAAUUUUUCCAAAGCCAUCUAAUUUGUAGGCAGUUUACUGAUGCAAUUAUCAUAUAUCAUAUAUCAUCAGGCAAUAUAGUCAAUUAAAAUAUAACCAAUACAAAAUAAAGCUAUGAGGUGGAAAAUUAUAUAGUAUUAUGGGAAUAUAUUUAAUGACAAGUAUAAACAGGAGAAUGGUAUCAUCCAGGUCAUGCUACAAAAAAGAUAAUUUGAGAGCAAGACUUGGCAUGUCCCUAGCACUUAGUCAAACAUUUAUUAAGAAUCUACUAUGUGCCUGCCCCUGUGCUAAUAACUGGGCAUACAAUUACCUAAAUUCCUAUUUUCAAGGAGCUUAUAUUCUGAUGUUGAAGGCAAAGAAAUCAUUGAGCAGUGUUAACUGAUGACAUAAGUAUCUAGUCAAUUUGGCCAGUAACAUCACUAUGGAUAAGAACCACUGAUACUAAAAAGUAUUGAGUAUUUAAUGUGAAUACCUACCACUAUAAAUUAUUAAAUUGGUUUUCUAAUAUAAAUCAGUGUCUUGAGAAUGAAGGGGAAUAGAGAUCAUUUUUCUUCACCAGGGAAUAAUUAUUUCUGAGUAAGCUGAUACCUUAGAGCUAAUGCUAAUAUAGAAAUCUGGGGGUCUUGCCAGCAAUUCUUAUUAGCAUUCUUUAGGUGCUCUCCAUUGCAAGUUAGAAGUGUUCUAAGACUUUUCAAAAGAUAUGUCUUAAUACAUACUGCUUCACCAAGUACACUUAAAAGUUAAAACUGUUUAGCUGAUCUUGUGUUCUGUUUAAAAAUAAAGUGUCUCGUUUGUUCCUGUGUAACAUUAUCUGUCAGGCAUCACAAAACUAAUUUUCAAUGUUUUCAGGUUGUUCAUUCUAAUAAUACACAUAGCCAUCGGGCAUGCAAUCCAUGGCUCUAUAUCCCAGGUUCCCUGCUUGGUGGAAAACACCAAUAGCAAAAGAAGGGUAUGAGGAAGAGGAGGGGGAAAGAUGCUGACCCUUUUGAAUUUUAAUCAUUUUAUUCUCAAAAAUAAUUGUUAUAUCUAGUGCUUGGAGUGCCUUUAAAGUAAAAUGGGAUUGUUAUGGACCAGUUAAAAAUCGUGGUAAAUAAAAAUUCAGCAGGUGGAGAAAUGGAAUGCAAAAAGGAGCUUGUUUAUAGAUAUACUGAUAGUGAUUAUCUUUAAGAAAUGUGCUUUAUAGAUUUAACUGUACAAAUAUGUAUUGACUGUUUUAAGUUAUAAAAGGGUCUUUUGCUUGGGACUCAUUCUCCUUGUAGCUGCUGAAAGAAAGACAAGUGAUGUCUAAUAAAACUAUGAACUCUCCCCACAAUAAAUACAUCUUGCAUUAUUCCUGGC